CUGACUAGUGACCACCACUCACUAAAAUAAGCCUGUGAUCUAAGGUGGGUGGUCCGACCGUCAGAACCCAGUCUUCCAUUAGCAAAGGAAGCUCUGCCUUGAAUAAAGAGACAUAAGCAAUUAUUAAGCAGUUUCUUACAGCCUCAUUCGGGAGUGAGUUUGCUGAUAUCUGGAGGUAGUUCUGGAAUUUCAAUAGCAGGGUGUAAUCACACUAGUCUCUGAUGGCAGGGUGUAAUCCUAUUGACAGGGACGAUGCAGGAAACAGACUGUGACCUGGCCAAGCAGAGGAAACAGUUGGUCCAGGAACUGUGCAUGGAAAAACAAGGAGAGCACUUUGACCUGGGGAAGAAGAUCAGCGUUCCUCAGGAUGUGAUGAUGGAAGAGCUUAACCUGCGGUCUAACAUAGGUUCCAGAAUGUACCAGGAGAGACAGAAGAGGGUGGAGAGGUUCACCUUGGAGAAUGUAGCACCAGACACUCACAGGGUGGUGCCCCACGACCCCCAGCAGCCAGACCAUAGCAGUACACACAACCAGGGAGCCUUACAAGGGGGGAAGAAGAAUUACCACACAGAGGUCUUUAUUGGACAACCAGGAAGAAACAGCCUAGUGAGAUCCCUGAAGAACACAAUAGCCAGUAAGGGAAACCCCAGUGUCCUGGCCCCAGGUUACAAUGGGCCUCUGAAAGAAGUUCCUCAUGAGAGGUUCAACGUCACUGUGAUUCCCAAGUCCUACUGCUCCCCAUGGCAGAUUCAGCACCAUAACGGUAACAGUGACAAGCUGCUGUCUGCCAUCUCUGCCCAUCUCCCUGAGCUGCCACAGAAGCUCACCCCAAACAACUACAGAUGCUUCAACAGGGCCCCGAUGCCAUUUGGGGGGACAGCAGGUAGUGUGAGGAUGCUCCCCCUGCCAGGGUUUGAGCUCCUGCAAGCCCAUACUGAACCGAGUCGGACCUGGGAGAGCAUAUGUGACCGGCCCAACUUCAACCGCACCCCAAGGGGCUGGGCUGCCCACUACACUGCUAAAACGGAGACUUCAGACCUCUGAACCCAUGGCUGUGACGGAGAGCAUCAUGGGUAACUUGUGACUGACUGAUCUACAAAUAAUAUUUAGUUAUAUAUGAUGGAAGGGGAUUUGUUGAUCAGUCUUGACUCUCCUGUAAAGUCAGCUUCAAUGUCGAACGUGCUCCAUGACAGCUUUAGAUGACCUCGCUACACUCUUACAGACAAACUGCAAGUCCAAACAGUGGAUACUAAUGUGCAAUUUUCUAGCAUGUAAUCACUUUAGAAAAAUAAUGUUCUCUCCUUGUCUUGUUCUGCCACAGCUAAUGAUAUCCACAAUGUCUUAGACCAGGUCAUACUUCAUCAAGGUCACAACUUGUUAAAUUAUGCUAUUACAAAAAAACACUUUAAAAGAAAGGAUAUGUUUAAUGAAGCAAAUUUUAACCAUACACUUUUCACAGUUAUAAUAAAAGACGUUGACAAUG